GGUAAAACCCUAAAAAGUUGAAACAGAAAUCAUCUAGAGACGAUUAAGAGAAAACUAAGAACGAUAACUCUCGCCUUCGAUUCUUUUUGUUGAUUGAGGCGCAAGCUACCUGCACACAAUGGAGAACAAUCGAGAGGGACCAUACUCUGUUCUAACGAGAGAUCAACUUAAAGGAAAUAUGAAGAAGCAGAUCGCCGAAAUCUCUGAGAUCUUCUCGUUAUCAAAACCCGAUGCGACCGUACUCCUCAUGUUUCUCCGAUGGGACUCUCAUGAAGUUUCUGAGUUUUUGGUUGAAAACAACGAAAAAGUCUUGUCGGAAUCAGGUUUGAAACCAGUGGUAGUUGAUCCGAAUCAAGACUUAUAUAAGAUUUCUUCUUGUGGGAUUUGCUUUAAGACUUGUGAUGAUGGUGAUUACUUAAUCUCCACGCCCUUUUGCUCUCACAUGUUCUGCAAAUCUUGUUGGAGAAAGUAUCUUGAAAAGAAUUUCUACUUGGUGGAGAAAACCCAAACUCGAAUCUCUUGUCCUCAUGGAGCUUGUCAAGCCGCGGUUGGACCGGACACGAUUCAGAAGCUAACCGUAUGUGAUCAAGAGAUGUACGUGGAGUAUAUUCUGAGAUCUUACAUUGAGGGAAACAAGGUAUUGGAGAUCAAAUACUGUCCUGCACAGGAUUGCAAUUACGUCAUUGAGUUUCAUCAGAAGAAUCAUGAUGGUGCUGAUCAGGAAGACUAUGGCUUCAACGUGGUGUGUCUCUGUGGUCAUAUCUUCUGCUGGAGAUGCAUGCUUGAGUCACACAAACCAGUGACCUGCAACAACGCGUCUGAUUGGUUGUUUCGAGACCUAAAUAGCUUAUCGAAGGAAUCAGGUGAAAAGCCAUUGAGCCUCUCCUCGUUCGAAACCAGAGAAAAGACUUACCCUCUCUCCUCGAUCAAAGCCACCAAGAAAGUUUGCCCUCAUUGUCUUCGUCCUGCGGAUCUUGGUACUAAACAAUACCUCCGGUUCUUGACUUGUGCCUGCAACGGUCGUUUCUGCUGGAAGUGUAUGCAGCCAGAGGAAGCCCACAAAACGGAAUCAGGAUUCUAUAAAUUCUGUAAUGUAUCGAUGACAUUCGAGGGAAGAGCACCCAAGACACUCGAGGGAAGAGCAGAACCGGAGAAUUCGUGCGUGGGACUCUGGAAGGCGAGUGAGGUUUCACUGAAGCAAGCUAAAUCUGAUCUACAAGCUUUUGAGGAGUCCAACAUCAAGAAUCCAAGUGACUUGACCGAGAAAGACUUUACCAUUAUAAGAAAAGGAUUGAUGCUGAUUGUCCAAUGCAGGCAAGUCCUUAAAUGGAGCUGUGUAUAUGAUUACUUACAUGCAGAGUAUGAGAUGUCGAAGAGGGAGUACCUGCGAUUCCUGCAAGCAGACGCGACCUCACUGGUGGAGAGUUUCUCAAAGACGCUAAAUGAGGAGAUAGGAAGAGCCUCGUCAGCUACUUAUGAAAAUUUUUGUUGCGUCAAGCAUAAGGUAACCAUUGAGACAAGCAACAUUGGGAACUACUUUUAUCAUUUCAUCAAGACUUUACAAGAAGGUUUGGAUGACGUGAAGGUGAAGUCCUACGACGACUAUGGUGGUCUUUUUUGGCUCUGUGAUCGCUGCACAUAUGGAAACACUUGGUUCCAUAAAGAGUGUUUGAUGUGCAGUGAUGAUAUUGCAGCUCGUGUGGAUCUAAGUGAUAUGUCUCUUAAUUAACUAAGGGAGCUCUAAUGGAUUAAGAAUUUUAAUUGUUUUGGUGG